GCAAGCUCCCAAAGGGGUCGGUUUGUCACUUCUCCCCGAAACGUGCUGGGAACGCGCUCUGCGGGAAAAACUGGACUCCACCGGCUUCCGACAAGCUUGGGACAGAGCGUCCUGGAGCCCCUUUCGGGACAAGUGAGCGGGCCCAGGGGAAGGACAGUCCGGGGUCACCAACCGUGCCGCCAUGGCUGCGCCCGUCCGCCGUCUGUGCCAUAUCGCCUUCCACGUGCCUGCAGGGCAGCCCCUUGCCCAGGACCUGCAGCGCCUCUUCGGCUUCCAGCCCUUGGCGGAGCGGGAGGCAGACGGCUGGCGGCAGCUGGCCCUGCGCAGCGGCGACGCGGUCUUUUUGGUGAAUGAGGGUGCGGGGACCCGGGAGCCGCUCUAUGGCCUGGACCCGCGUCACGCGGUGCCCAGCGCCACCAACCUGUGCUUUGAUGUGGCGGACGCGGACGUAGCCGCCCGCGUGCUGGAGGCGCAGGGCUGCUGCGUGCUGGUGCCCCCUGUAAGCGUGCAGGAUGCACAGGGUGCUGCCACCUACACCGUGGUCAGCUCGCCCGCGGGCAACCUCAGCCUGACGCUGCUGGAGCGCGCCAAGUACUGCGGACCUUUCCUGCCCGGUUUCCGGCCCCUGUCCUCCAAAACCGGCCCGGGCUGGAUCAGCCACGUGGACCAUCUCACCCUGGCCUGCACCCGGGGCAGCUCCCCCACACUGAUGCGCUGGUUCCACGAUUGUCUAGGCUUUUACCACUUGCCACUGAGCCCAGGUGAGGAUCCAGAGCUGGGUCUCGAAGUGACAGCAGGGUCUGGGCAAGGGGGGCUGAGGCUCACUGCCCUGCAGACCCGGCCAUGCAGUGCUGUCCCCACCCUCGUGUUGGCCGAGUCCCUGCCUGGGGCCGCCAGUGGAAAGGACCAGGUGGCGCAGUUCCUGGCCAAGCACAGAGGCCCAGGCCUGCAGCAUGUGGGGCUGUACACACCAAACAUCAUGGAAGCCACUGAAGGGGUGACUCUGGCUGGGGGUCAGCUCCUGACUCCUCCUAAGGCCUACUACCAGCAGCCAGGCAAGGAAAGUCAGGUCCUAGCUUCAGGGCAUGAGCCCAACAGGCUGGCCCUACAGGGAAUCCUGCUAGACGGCGAUAAAGACAAGCUUUUGCUUCAGGUCUUCACAAAGUCCCUCUUUGCAGAGGACACCUUCUUCCUGGAGCUGAUUCAGAGGCAGGGGGCCACAGGCUUUGGCCAGGGCAACAUCCGGGCCCUGUGGCAGUCCGUGGAGGAGCAAGCUGCCAGGGGUCAGGAAGCCUAAGGAUAGCCAGAGCUGGCAGCCUCCUGUCCUGGAGGUCUGGGGAGUCUAGCACGAGGCCUGGUGGAACCAGAGUGAAAGGCUUUGUUCCUAGGGGCCAGGUGUGGCCUCAAUUUCAUCAGUACCUGCCAGAAGCUGAAUCUCUCACUGGGAUCCGAAGAGGUCAGUGUUUGUUUUGAACUAUGAAAUGUUUCUUACAUAAUGUAUAUGGAAGAUAUAAAGCAGUGUGACUACUUUAGGAAACAGACCAUAAGCAAUACUUUUGAAGACUUUUAUGUCCUUCUCUGACCACAUUUCCCUUCACCUACUCCCAAUUUUAGGAUUAACCCCUUCGUUUCCUGUAUUGUUUCACUACAUCUAAUAUAUCCCUAAAUAAAUGAUUUCUUAUUUGAGGUAGGAAUUCAAAAGAGAA